AUGAAGGUGCCUGCGAAGGAGCUGCUGAGUGACGUACUGAAGCACGCAACCGGCGAAGCGGCGCUGCCGAUUUACAGCAACAUCGAGAAGUACAAACGGGGAAUGAACGGUCUGUACUCCGUCACCGAGGACGUCCGCGAAACUGUGAGAAAAAGAGAAAUGGUCAAUGCAAAGGAACGACAGAGAAUCAGGAACUUGAACAGCAUGUUUUCCCGCUUGAAGCGCAUGGUGCCUCUUAUGCGCCCCGAUCGGAAACCCAGUAAAGUGGACACACUUAAAGCUGCCACAGAGUACAUUCGAUUGCUUGUUGCAGUCUUGCAGGACACUGAUAAUGGUAAUGGCACUGAUUUUAUCAAGGAUGCAGUCAGUUACGGUAAUGCUCAAAUGAUGAGCAGUAACCUGUGGAGAGUAGACGAUUUGCUGAACAGCAUGACAGAGGGAGGCAUGGUGGAUGACUACAUGCCGGGGCCUGUUGGCACCUCACUUUUUGCAACAGAGGAAGAUCUGAACAGAGUGGUGCUGCAGCACUGUGUGAUGCCCUCAUAUCAGUUUGUCAUCCAAGUUGCACCACCCGAUGAGACGACAGAAGAAGCCACAGUUGCAAUCGGCAAUCAGCAAAUGGCUCCUGUAAGUGUUUCCAGUGACUGGAACAUGUAG